GACUGGAUCUCCCAGAAAGGAUCAUGUAUCCAGAAGUUCCCAUCGCACUGAGAAUGUCAGGCCAUCUUCUGCUGGGCAUGGUUCGGCUAUAUUCAAAGAAAGUUGAUUAUCUGUAUGAAGACUACAACUUUUUCCGGAUAACCAUAAAAAAAGCAGUUGCUUCUGUAAAAUUUAAUCUGCAGGAAGAUGCAACUCAUGCACCUUUUCACUCCAUCAUUUUGCCCGACACAUUCGAUCUUGAUGCCUUUAAUUUGGAUGAAGACUUCUACAAUGAGGGGUUUGAGGACAACCAUCAUAGGAGCCAGGAGGACAUAACACUUACAGAUCAAAUUCCAUAUGGAAGGGAGCCAUAUAAUACCUUUACUUUGGAUAAGGAAUGGGAUUCAUUACCUUCGAAAGAUGCCUCUGAUGUAGGGCCCAUGCCAAUGGUGGAAGACGUUCGUCCUUCACCUCCAAUAGACUCAGGCAAUGGUUAUCAAGUGGUCCGACUAACCAAACAGGAGCCAGUGAAGGCGUUCAUGACGAUAGUUCUCCAGUGGAAACUAGGCGAGAUGCUGUCCAUUGUUCCCAUAACAAUCUCCUCAGCUGGCUAGAUAAGGGGAACGAUAGAAUCAAACCAAAUGGAACUCUGGAGCGGGCCGAGCGGCAACUUGUUAAUGACAAGGAAAUCCCUACUUCUGUUGCAGAAGAAAUAGUUCUCCAGUGGAAACUAGGCGAGAUGCUGUCCAUGGUUCCCAUAACAAUCUCCUCAGCUGGCUAGAUCAGGGGAACGAUAGAAUCAAACCAGAUGGAACGCUGGAGCGGGCCGAGCGGCAACUUGUUAAUGACAAGGAAAUCCCUACUUCUGUUGCAGAAGAAAUAGUUCUCCAGUCGAAACUAGGCGAGAUGCUGUCCAUGGUUCCCAUAACAAUCUCCUCAGCUGGCUAGAUAAGGGGAACGAUAGAAUCAAACCAGAUGGAACUCUGGAGCGGGCCAAGCGGCGACUUGUUAAUGACAAGGAAAUCCCUACUUCUGUUGCAGAAGAAAUAGUUCUCCAGUGGAAACUAGGCGAGAUGCUGUCCAUGGUUCCCAUAACAAUCUCCUCAGCUGGCUAGAUCAGGGGAACGAUAGAAUCAAACCAGAUGGAACGCUGGAGCGGGCCGAGCGGCAACUUGUUAAUGACAAGGAUAUCCCUACUUCUGUUGCAGAAGAAAUAUUAUUCCCUGGCAGGCAGUCUAUCCCAUCUCAGCAUCGUGGAGAGCCACUUAAUUCUGCUGCAUCAAGCCAGGCUCCUGACAAUUUUGAUUCACACAUUGCAUUUGAGCAUGCCUCCCCACCUCAACUGGUAAUUCGUCCAACGCCACCUGCUGAACAGCGACCUGUUGAACAACAAAGAGGAAGGAACAGAAGGAGAAGGCAGCUAUUCGAUGAGUCCCGCACAUUGUUAACUAAUAAGAUUAUGAAGGCAUGGCUUAAAGACUGUGAUGACCUACGGUGUAAAAAGAAACAUUGCCCUUCUGCUUUGGAUGUUUGGAAGUUGAAUAACAGGUUGAGAAAAGGAAAUAUUUUUCUCGAGCCACUAAUGCCUGAAAUUGCCUCAUAAAUCAACUCCAUGUGCAAUAUGUUCCAACACCAAAAAGUAAAGUAGCAUGUGUGGAUGAGACCAAAACUGAGCCCUUUGAGUAGCACUUCCAAAAGCGGGGGAGAAACACCAGGGGAUUAGGAACAACAGCACCGUCUGAGCUCCAAGAGCGAGAGUGAUGCCCUGAUAAUAGAGGCAUCAAUUGAGCCAAAUGGAGUAGCCCAGGAUUGAGGCCACAACAUGAAUGUAGCAGAAGCAUGAACAUAUAGCAGAUUCAGCAGUGUCAUUGGCCAAACAUCAACAUAGAGCCGCCGCAAAGAGCAUGCUAGUAGUGUAUCACAACAAUCGAAAACCACAACAACAACACAUGUAAAAUAGAGCAGCAGCAGGCUAGCAGCAGCAACAACAUCACGUGACUUAUAAAGACAUCAGGAGAUAUGAAAUCUUUGGCCUCAGAAUAGAUGGCAAAUAUCCCCCAAAGCACCAACAAGAAGAUAAUUGUAUUUUACAGGGUUGGAGCCAUUUUAUGGGGUCUAAGAUAAUUGCAUUUUGCAAAGAUAGGUUUUUUCAUGUAUGCUACUAUUAAUUUCUGUUUGGGUCAAUUCAACCAGGAUUUUGCCC